UAAAUUUAUUGAGAUGCGUGCGACUCAAUGUUAGAACUUAGAAGCGAUGGAGUCUUUCAGUGCAGUUGGUGAAAGUUCAUAUUUUUUAAAAAAAAUUUAAAGAAGCGCGGUGACCGGUGCUUAGUGCUUACAAAACUCUUGUAAAAAUACUGUACAAUAAAAUAAACUUUAGAUCAAGCUAAAAUUCUCUUGAAUCCGGGGAAAAAGUUACCCCUAGUUAGAAGAGUGGAAGGAUGAGUGAAACCCUAGUGAGGAUAGAGGAGGUUCAAGGGAGAGGAAGAGCUCUAGUAUCCUCUCGGCCGCUAAGGGCCGGCGAAAUCGUGCUUAGGGAUUCUCCCAUCCUCCUCUACUCCGCGUUUCCUCUGAAUAGAGCCUCAAUAAAAUAUUGCGAUGAGUGCUUCAGAAAUUUACAAUCAGCAUCGAUAGUGGUAUCAUGCCCAUCUUGCUCUCAUCACCAUUUCUGCGGCCCGAAUUGUCUUUCGGCGGCGAUGGCCUCGUCUCACGCUCCCUGGGUUUGCCGAGCUCUAAGUUGCCUCCGCGAGUGUCCAUCCCUUGUGGUGGAGCGCCAAGUCCAAGCUCGUUUCCUCAUCGGCGCCUACAAUCUGGCCGUCGUCGCGCCUUCCAACUUCCAAAUUUUAUCCUCUCUUCAAGGCCGCGGAGAGGAUGAAGAUGCCGCAGUUGCUCAAUUUCUGCAUUCCAUCAUAUCGCCCCUCUGCCCUCCUUCUCUGGUCGAGCUUUCCGUGGAACUUACUCGGGCACUACUCGCCAAGGACAAGCUCAAUGCCUUUGGUUUAAUGGAGCCGUUCAAUUUGAACGAAGAAAGAUCAGUCCGAGCCUAUGGCGUCUAUCCCAAGGCCUCCUUCUUCAACCAUGACUGCCUUCCAAAUGCUUGCAGAUUUGAUUAUGUAGACGCUGCAGCUGAUGGCAAUACUGACAUAAUUAUCCGAAUGAUUCAUGAUGUUCCCCAAGGGAGAGAGAUCUGCUUGAGCUAUUUCCCUGUUAAUGAGAGUUAUUCCAGCCGGCAGAAAAGAUUGCUUGGGGACUAUGGCUUUACCUGCGAGUGUGACCGCUGCAAGGUGGAAGCUAACUGGUCUGACCAUGAAGAGGAGGACGUGGUUGGUGAAGCAAUGGAGCAGGACCACGAUGAACCGAUGGAGGAGGAGGAGGAGGUUGGCUCAGAUAAUGAGACCGACUUUCCUCACUCGUAUUUCUUCGUGAGAUACAUGUGCAAUCGCAACAAUUGCUGGGGCACGCUGGCUCCUUUGUCCCCAUCAUCACAUGCUAAUAUCUUAGAAUGUAAUGUCUGUGGCAACAUCAAGAAUGAUGAAGUAGUUGGUGUUGAUGCCGAUGCUUGAUUCAACGGAUCACCUGCCUCGCUAGUCUGUUGCUAUGGUUUUGCUUCACUGGUAUGUAUUUCUGUUAGCUUAAAUUGAAUUGAUGGAGCAGUGAAACAAAUUACCCACUUCCUGUUUUAAAUCUCAUGGCGAGGUCUGAAUGUAUUCUAGUGGUAGGUUUAUUUUAUGAUUUUUUUUUAUCCCAUCCAUUUGUUUUGCGUGAGACAGUUGUUUUAUACUAUAAUACUGGGAAAUAUUUGAUUUCUUUGGAAAUAUUUCAUUUCUUUGAA